CUGACACAUAAGCGCUUACACAUUUUAGCUCAACGGGGCCGACCGAUAAACAAGGGUAGUGAUCUUGGCCUCGCGCGCGCGCGAGAGAGAGAGAGAGAGAUGCUCAGGAUAUUGGCGAGGAGAGCAGCUUCGGCUUCAUCAGCCCUGAAUUCGCAUCCAUGGAUUGCUCACUCAUUAAAGACAAGGCCUUUCUGCCUUGGAGUCCUUCCCGACGGCAUUGACCGUACCUCCGAGCCCUUCGCUCGCAACUCUGACGCCAUGGACGACCUCAUUUCCGACCUCCAAUCUCACAUAACCAAGGUGUUGGCUGGAGGAGGAGCGGAUGCCGUGAAGAGGAAUAGGAGUAGGAAUAAGCUUCUACCGAGAGAAAGAAUCGAUCGCCUGCUUGAUCCCGGUUCUUCGUUCCUUGAACUUUCGCAGCUUGCAGGCCAUGAAUUAUAUGAAGACCCCUUGCCAUCCGCUGGCAUCAUUACUGGCAUAGGUCCAGUGCAUGGACGGCUUUGUAUGUUUGUGGCUAAUGACCCUACCGUUAAGGGAGGGACUUACUAUCCUAUAACCGUUAAGAAGCAUCUUAGGGCACAAGAGAUUGCCGCUAAAUGCAAUUUACCUUGCAUAUAUCUUGUUGAUAGUGGAGGCGCUUAUCUUCCCAAGCAGGCUGAUGUCUUCCCCGACCGGGAUAAUUUUGGUAGAAUUUUCUAUAAUCAAGCUGUAAUGUCUGCUGAAGGAAUUCCCCAAAUUGCGCUGGUAUUGGGUUCAUGCACAGCUGGGGGUGCCUAUAUACCUGCAAUGGCCGAUGAAAGUGUAAUGGUCAAAGGGAACGGCACUAUUUUUCUAGCAGGGCCCCCACUUGUGAAGGCUGCUACAGGAGAAGAAGUAUCUGCCGAGGAUUUGGGGGGUGCCACCGUGCAUUGCAAGACAUCAGGAGUUUCAGAUUACUUUGCUCAAGACGAACUGCAUGGACUUGCUCUUGGUAGGAACAUCAUUAAGAACUUGCACAUGGCUGGGAAGGAAGGGCUAUUAAAUAGAUUGCAAAAUAUAAACCAGGAAUAUAAAGAACCAUUAUACGAUGUGAAGGAACUUCGUUCCAUUGCACAAACUGACCUUAAGCAGUCCUUUGAUAUACGAUCAGUUAUUGCUCGCAUUGUUGAUGGAAGUGAGUUUGACGAAUUCAAGAAAUUGUAUGGCACUACUCUUGUAACGGGUUUCGCUAGGAUUUUUGGACAGCCAGUUGGAAUUAUUGGAAACAAUGGGAUAUUAUUUAAUGAAUCUGCUCUAAAAGGGGCCCAUUUCAUUGAACUAUGUGCUCAGCGAAACAUUCCUUUGGUCUUCCUUCAGAACAUCACUGGAUUUAUGGUUGGCUCAAGAUCUGAGGCCAAUGGCAUAGCAAAAUCUGGAGCAAAGAUGGUCAUGGCAGUUUCCUGUGCGAAGGUUCCCAAAGUUACUAUAAUUGUCGGUGGAAGCUUUGGUGCUGGAAAUUAUGCAAUGUGUGGUCGUGCUUAUAGUCCUGACUUCAUGUUCCUUUGGCCAAAUGCCAGAAUUUCUGUAAUGGGUGGUGCUCAGGCUGCUGGUGUGCUAUCUCAAAUUGAAAAAACUAACAAGAAAAAGCAAGGGAUUCAGUGGGACAAGGAAGAAGAGGAAAAAUUCAAGGCAAAGGUCGUGGAGGCUUAUGAGAGAGAAGGGAGUUCGUAUUACUCCACGGCAAGGCUCUGGGAUGACGGAGUUAUUGAUCCAGCCGACACAAGAAAAAUCAUUGGUCUCUGCGUUUCUGCUUCUAUGAACCGCGACAUAGAUGAUACCAAGUAUGGUGUAUUUAGAAUGUGAUGAGAGAUCAUUUUAUGUACAAGAAGAAGCAGCCAAAGCUGUGCUGCGCAGAAAACCUGAUGCGUUCAUUUGAAAUCUUGUUAGCUUGUAUGUGAAAGAGGAGCAAGCAACAAAUUGAAA